AAAUAGUUGUCUCGUGAAAACUACAAUAAAUAAAUAAAGCCAAAAAAUUACAACAAAAAAUAUAAUGGAUAACGAAGGUGAUAAGCAAAUAUCCACAAACGCUGGCAAAUCGAAAACCCUAUCGAAAACAGUAUCAUCACCCACUGCAUUAAACAUUACUGGUACAAGUGGCAAAACCUCAACUCCCACCCUUUCACAAAUUGGCAAACAAACCUCGGUUAAUUUCCGACAUAGUCAACUUUAUGACAGUGGUCCCGAAACGUCUGACGCUGAUGAACAGACACGACUUAUUCGCACACCGUCUUCACGCUCACAUAAAUUUAUUAUCAUACCUUCAGUGGCAACAGGUGGCAAUAUUCCAACAUUUCAAAAAACUAAAUCCUCUUCGACAUCAUUGGCAGCAAUUGGAACUGUUCAGAAGCCCAUUUCCAGUGCACCUCAGCAUGCACUAUUACGACAAAAGUCAACCACACAAGUAGCAACAUCACCUACAACAUCUCAUGGUACAAUACCAAAAACAAACAAAUUAUUGCUAUCAAAAUCAAAUGUAAAUUUAAUUAAUUCAACCCUGCCGCAACAUCAUACACAAACACUAAGCCAAUCAUCGUCAGCAUCGACAUCGGAUGUUGUUCAUCAGCGUCACAUAUCGCCCAAAACAAGAGCAGAUGAAAUAUCGCCAGCGACAAUCACUACAACAACACCAAGCAACAUUGUUAAGUUCACAAUUGAAGACUAUGAAUCUGAUAAUCAAGCGUAUGAUGCUGCAACAAGUACAACACAUCAACAACAACAACAACGAGAACAGCAACAACAGCACACUCUAGCUGAGCCGAUAAUUACUUCAAUUAAUUCAGCGGUAAAUUUCACACCAACACCAAUUGCAACAGAAACAGCAACAACAGCAACAGCAGCAGCAACACCACACACCCCCACACGAUCAUCAAUGGAAGUUAAUUGGCGUUCACAUAACAACAAUAACCGCAGCAGUGGCAUGCGCACGGUUGUAUCAGCUUGCAUGCCAGAUCUAAACUUCUCCAUACACGAUCCGCUACAGCAAUACCUACAGCCAACCACUUCAUUGGAUGGCAAAGAGUUCACUUCAAGUUCCUAUUUAUGUCAAGAUCAUGUAGCAAGUCAAAUAUAUUCGGAUGUGAUGUCAGUGCGUUCCUUGGCGUCGAUUGGUAUUGGUUCAACAGAUGGACGCAAAAUAGUUAUACGCCGCGUGCCCAACACACCGACAGAGCUCUUCAGCUUGGUGCAUCCACCGUCGCCACCACCACCUGGCAUUGAUGAUGAUGACGAUGACAGUUUUAUGGAUAUGUCCGAUGAAACUGCUAAUCUGAAACCACGACAACAACACUGGGGUAACAAGAUGCAAUUCGUAUUGGCGUGUAUUGGGUACUCAGUAGGGCUGGGUAACGUUUGGCGUUUUCCGUAUAUGUGUUACAAGAGCGGCGGAGGUGUAUUUCUAGUUCCGUAUUGCAUUAUAUUGUUCAUAUGCAGCAUACCACUUCUAUUUAUGGAAUUAUCCGUUGGUCAGUACACUGGCAGAGGACCAAUAGGUGCUCUAGGACAAUUAUGUCCAUUAUUCAAAGGUGCAGGUUUGGCUAGUGUUGUUGUGUCCUUUUUAAUGUCCACGUAUUUUAGCGUUAUUAUUGCCUAUGCAAUUUAUUAUUUUUUCACCGCGUUUAAGCCAUACAUGCCAUGGGUCGAUUGCAAGAACCGUUGGAACACACCAUACUGUUGGGUGCCACAACGUUUAGAAGUGAACAUGACGGCACCAAAUUCGUCGCGUACGCCAUCAGAAGAGUUUUUUGAAAACAAAGUCCUACAAAUUAGUCCAGGAAUUGAAUAUCCGGGCUUAAUGCGAUGGGAGCUGUUUGCAUGUCUAAUUUGUGCCUGGCUAAUGGUCUACUUUGCUACAUGGAAAUCGAUUAAAUCUUCUGCAAAGGUUCGCUAUUUUACGGCAACGUUCCCAUUUGUGUUGAUAAUCAUACUAAUGGGACGCGCUGUAACACUUGAAGGAGCGGAUGAAGGUCUGCGUUACUUUUUCAGACCCAAUUGGUCUGAAUUAAAAAAAGCUAAUGUCUGGAUAAAUGCUGCCUCACAGAACUUUAAUUCGCUUGGAAUCACAUUUGGAUCGAUGAUAUCAUUCGCCAGCUACAACAAAUACAACAACAAUAUAUUACGCGACACAAUUGCUGUUAGUGUGGUGAAUAUUCUAACGAGUCUACUAGUUGGUGUAUUCGCAUUUGCCACUCUAGGAAACCUGGCACUGGAACAAAACACAAACGUGAAAGAUGUUAUAGGGGAUGGACCUGGCCUAAUUUUUGUUGUAUAUCCCCAAGCAAUGGCAAAAAUGCCGUACGCACAGUUAUGGGCCGUCAUGUUUUUCUUUAUGUUAUUAUGUUUAGGUUUGAAUUCACAAUUUGCUAUUGUUGAAGUGGUAGUCACUUCAAUACAAGAUGGAUUUCCUAAUUGGAUAAAGCGGCAUUUAGGCUAUCAUGAAAUUGUUGUACUUUUCGUCUGUGUUAUAUCAUUUCUCUUUGGUCUACCCAAUUUAAUACAGGGUGGUAUUUAUUUCUUUCAAUUAAUGGAUCAUUAUGCUGCCUCGGUUUCGAUCAUGUUUUUGGCUUUCUGCCAAAUGAUUGCUAUAGCUUGGUUUUAUGGUACAGGCAGAUUGUCAAAAAAUGUGAAACAAAUGACUGGCAAAGCGCCAUCGAUUUACUUGAAGUCAUGUUGGAUACUUUUAGGACCUUGCCUACUAUUUGCCAUUUGGGUAUUAAGCUUAAUAAAUUAUCAAGAACCAAGUUAUCACAAUGGACGUUAUAAAUAUCCUGAAUGGGCUUAUGGCAUUGGUUGGAUGUUUGCCUCACUUUCCCUAGUUUGCAUACCUAGCUAUGCCUUCAUAAAUGUAUUCCGUUCGAAGGGUCGUACUUUUGCUGAGCGUAUUCAAAACACACUACGUCCCAAUAUAUACGAAUGUCGUAUAUGUGGUGAGCAUCACUGCGAACAUGAUUAUAGUGAGCAGGAACAGUAUAUGUUAUCUCAGGAACUGUCUGGCAUAUAUAAACCAACUGUGCAGUUAAAGUCCGUAGCUCCACUGCAAUUUAAUAUGGCGCAGAACACAGCAGGGGGCUAUAACCCCAUGCAACUUCAACAACCGCAAGCACAAGUCGAGUACACAUAUGAAAAGGGUUAUGAGUCUACUCAAAAUGAAGAGCAGCAGGAGACAGCGCCAAAGUCAUCGGCAAGAUGAAUCUUUAAUAGAUUUUAGAUGUAUUGAAAUAUAGUUUUAAGGCUGUUGAUUUAAUACUAAUUAAGGGAGCAUUUUUGUGACUUUGUCGGCUGUGUUAGCCUUGUGUUCCACACAAAAAUUGCUACAUUUGCUAAUAAUUGUCGUUUCUACAAAAUGUUAGUAUUGUUAAAUUCAUGAGCAUUUAUUAACUUCUUUCUUCCUUCUUUGUAUUGUAGAAAAAAUAUUUAUAAUUUUACGUUGAUUUAAAUAUUUCUGCUAAGGUCUUGUUACCAAGAUUGUAGUUAUAGUAGUUAAUUAUGUAAAAACUUAUUGUUGUGAACUUCAAGAACAAAUAACCAAUAAGUACAAUUGUUUCAAUUUUCCGAAUAAUAAAAGAGUUUCAUUAAUGAUUUCGCAUAUUGGAAGAUUGGAUUAUUUCAACAAUAACAAAUUUAAAUAAUUUCUAUUUAUUUUUAAUGAAAAUCAAAAUAUAUGUAAAAUAUUUUUGCGCCUCAGAUCAAAUCAAGUUAACACAUUAUCUCAUGACAUGUGGGGAACGUAGAAGAGCACUCUUGUAUUCCAUCUAUAAUACCCGUACCAUCGAGAAUUGUCAUCUAAUUUAGUGAUUGGAAAUGUAUAUUUUCCUAUGUAUAUUUUAUUAAAAAUUAAUUAAUUAUAUCAAAACGAUUUUACCACGACUCCAAAUUAGCUUUG